AUGAGCUACCUGGUCCAACGCAUUAUUCCGGAUUCUGAAUACACGAGGUCACCAAUAGACGAGUCAGACUACGUCCAAACGAAGUACAGGCGUCGUCGAAAAUUCAAGAUGCCGUAUAACUUGUCUUUGCGGCGUCUAAAGCUUAGUUCGAGCACAACUACCCUUAUCGACUUCUAUUCGGAUUCCUGGAGUGCCUCACCUCGAAAGUCAUUCCACGAGCCACAUGACGACGUCUAUAGCCUUAAGGCUCGUCUAAUCCCCCCGUUUCUCUCAAACUACUUUGUUGAAAUGUUCUCCUUACAGCUUUUCGAUCAGAAGAACAGCCGACGCAGGUCGUCGAGUUCGUCAAGCGAAACUUUCGCGGGUCCGUCGCCAUUUCCGCAGUUCAUGGACGAUGCAUGUCGUCAAUUUCUCGAGGAGAAACUUCUUGGGUUACAGAACAAGAAGGCCUUGACCCGUCAACCACAAUAUAUCUAUGGUGAACCUGGCGCCGCUCCGGUCCCUGCAGACGCUUUAAAAGAACCAUGCUUGGAUUACAGACUUUACGACAUGUCUGAGGAGGAAGAGGCAGCCUUGGUGGUCAGGAAGAGGAUCUGGGAGGAAGAUAAGACCAGGGGUGUUCAUUUUGCGAGUUUCCUGAAAGUGAAACGUAGGGAACUUGCAGCUCUCCUUCAGAAGGUGUACGGCUCUGGGACAGACAUGCAAGAAGGAUCAACGAAGCCGCAUGCCGCAACAGCAGAAGUGAGGACGAAGUGCAAGAACUGCACACAGUCCAAACCCGUUGUCCCUCCCGGCCUAGAUCCAGCUGGGUUUCUUCCCUUGGUUUACCACAAUAGGGCAAAGUCAUGCAAGCGACAACGCAGCGAUCCGGAGGAAGCUGAGAAGGCUCGAACAAUUGUCGCGCAUCGAAUGAUACAGAAGAGCGUGCCGGGAUUGUCUACCUGGACUGAUAGGAGGACGAAAACCUCACGUCUGAGACGCUCUCCGCUUCAUAAAUCGAUCACAGCAGCUGGCCUUCUCUGGAAUGCAGAUGGUUGUGCCGCGGAAGAUGGGGAGCCAACUGACGCGGACUUAACUGAUCUUGAGACCGAUUGCUCAUCUGAUUCUGUUGGCGCGUACUCCGGCGAUGCAACAAACGUGACUCAUGAUAGCACUCGGACUGCAUCUACCGCUGGUGAAAUGCAGGCGCAUCAACUGCAAUCAGCAAGGACGUAUCGAGUUCCAGACUUCCUACCGGCAGGCAAAGAGAGCCGACCCGUCGUCACUGUCAAGGGAAAAUCCUUGAAGGAAGAGAAUAAGAAACCGAAGACCAGACCGUCGCGAUUGAAAUGGAAGUUGAGUGUCGACAAACCACUUCCUCCCCUUCCGCCACAGAGUCCACCACCAUCUCCGCAUCCGAACGAGCGAGACUAUCCGAGGUCUCUCCGUCGCUCCCAGUCGGAAAUCGCCAUUCUGCGCGGAAGACAUCGUGCCUUGUAG